AUGAAGUCGUUCAAGUACGUGCUCCUCGGCGGCGGCACGGCGUCCGGCUACGCAGCUCGGGAAUUUGUUCAAAGGGGGGUGGAGCCGGGGCAGCUGUGCAUCAUAACUUCGGAGGCCGUGGUGGCUUACGAGCGGCCUGCGCUGAGCAAGGGCUUCCUGCUGGCGGACAAGCCGGCGAGGCUGCCCGGCUUCCACACCUGCGUGGGCAAGGGCUGGGAGCGGCAGACGCCGGAGUGGUACGCCGAGCAUGGUAUCGAGUACAUGACGUCCACCAGGGUGGUGUCCGCGGACAUCGCCGGCAAGAAACUGGUGUUGGACUCCGGCGAGGAGGUGGGGUACGAAAAGCUGAUCGUGGCCACUGGCGCAAGGCCCGCCACGCUCAGGGAGUUGGGCGUCCCCGGCGCUGAGCUGGAAGGGAUCCAUUACGUGAGGGAGGUGGCGGAGGCCCAGGCUCUCUACGAUGCGAUCGCCGAUUGCAAGGCAAGGUCGGCGCGCGCGGUCGUCAUUGGCGCGGGUUACAUCGGCAUGGAGGUGGCCGCGGCGCUGGCGGGCAACGGGCUGGCCGUGACGAUGGUCUUCCCGGGCGGGAUGCUCAUGGAGCGCCUGCUGCCCCCCGAGGCUGCGUCGUUUUAUGAGGAGUAUUAUAAGGAGAGGGGCGUGGAGGUGAUGUGGGGGCAGCGGGGGGCGGGCUUCGAGGGGGAGGAGGGGCGCCUGGAGGCUGUGCUGCUGCAGGACGGGCGGAGGAUCGAGGCGGGCAUGGCGGUGGUGGGCAUAGGCGCCAGGGUGAACAAGGAGCUCUUCGAGGGCCAACUGGACAUGGCCAAGGGCGGCAUCGAGGUCGACGGCCGCCUGCGCACCAGCAACCCCGACGUCUAUGCCAUCGGCGACGUGGCCGCCUUCCCGCUCGUGGGCUACGGCGGCCAGCUGCAGCGCCAGGAGCACGUCACCAACGCGCGCCUGUCCGCCGCCCACGCCGUCUCAGCCAUCAUGGCCCCCGAGGAGACCGGCGACUACGAGUACCUGCCCUUCUUCUACUCGCGCUUCUUCGCCCUGUCGUGGCAGUUCUACGGCACCAACAAGGGCAAGAGCGUGAUGUUCGGCGACAAGGGCGCAGCCAAGUUCGGGAUGUACUGGCUGGCGGAGGGCAGGGUAGUAGGGGCGUUCCUGGAGGGGGGGAGCGCGGAGGAGUUCGGGUGGAUCAAGGCCGUGGCGCUGAGGCGGCCGGAGGCGCCGGCCACCGAGGAGCGCCUGGCGGCCAAGGGGCUGGCGUUCGCGGCGGCGGUGGCGGCGCAGGAGGCGUAG